UUCAUAAUACAGAUUGUUUAAUACAGUUUCAGUUUUGAACCAAUAAUUUGUUCUAGAUAAACUAAGAAAAACGUGUAAUUGUUAUUUAUUUGUGUUACUAAAUAAAUAUUUAUAAUGCCCUCGAUAAAACAACAAAAUAAACUAGAUUUUACAAUCAGUGGGAACCUGAUACAAAAAUCAGUAAAAUCAUUCGUGUUAUCAAAAAAAUACACGCGCCUGCUUUUGAAGGCUUCGGUGUUUAAUAUAAUAUGUCGAAGAUUACCUAUUAAUAAAGAGGAACUAGACUGCAAAGAAUACAAUGGAGUAAAUUUUUUUAUACUGAAGGGUAAGAAAAAACAGAAAAACAUUGAAAAUCCAUUCUUUGAAACAUUCUUAACCUGGUUAGAAGGCAUAAGGGACGCAAUCGAUAAGAAUUAUCUAAAGUCGGUUUAUAUUCUACUAAAAGAAGCCGACGACAAUGUAGUUGAAACCUAUAGUUUUAAUUUAAAAUACAAUACGGAUCCAAAUUUUUCCAAUAAAAAUGAGAGUGGUAAGACUCCUGAUGAAGUUAAAGAUGCUACCACAGCAAUGCUUACUCUUAUAUCAGAAUUGGAAAAUAUACCAAAAUUAAGCCCUGAAAUUUCAUUAGAAAUUGAAUUUAUGUACAACGAUGAUUGCCCCAUGGAAUACGAACCACCUGGUUUUGUAUCUUCUGUUCAACCAAUGUGUCUAAAAAUUAAGACUCCUACAAGACUAGGAAAUGUGAAUACUGGUUUUCACAGCUUAGUGGCAAGAUCUUCCCAGUUCAAACAGAUUAUUGCAGCUGAAGAGGAUCUAAAUAAGAUUCAAGAAAUGCAAAAUAUCCAAGACGAUUUAAAUACGGAUAAAGGGAAAGACAUUAUUGAAGAGGAUUUAAACACCAAUCAAGACGAAGAAAUGAUUGACGUAAUAUCAAUUGAUGAUAACAGUAUAGCAUCCGAGGAUAGCAGCAGAGUCCCAAAAGCAAUUAUUGAUCCCGAUAAAAUGGACCAUGAGGAUGGUCUCAAUACUUUUUCAGAAGAUACGAUGGACGAAGAGGUACUUGCGGAAUUAUUGGACAAAACACGUGAUAUUAAUACCAGCAAUGUAACAAUACCUGACCAGGACAUGUCAACUCCAAAUAUUUUUACGGAAGAGGAAGAGGACGCGGACAAUCUUUUUUUACGUAGAACAAUCAUGGUUUUAACUUUAACGGAGAAAUUGGGUGUAUUACCUAUCGAGCUUUUAAACAGCAUGGGCGAACAGGAUAAGAAAAAUUUGGUGGAUGAAAUGAAGAAAGUCAGUAUAUACCAUCCCGAUCCUGCCGAUCCUGAAAAUCUACAAAAAGGGUUUAUCGACAUAGAAAAACUUAGUAAGUUCAAUGAUGAACUUCAAAGAUACCUUAUUGAAUGAACUUAAGUUAUAUUUAAUAUAGUUCAAUAAUUCUAUAUAUUUAGGUAUAGUUAUGUAUUAUCGUUGAUUGAAAUCAAUACAUCAAUCAACGGUAUUAUAUAGGAGUAAAAUUAUUAAAAAAUAAAAUUAUUAGUUUAUAAUUUGUUAAUUUUAUAGUUAUAUUUGUUAGUUUGAUAGUUCAAUAAUUCUAUAUUUAUAG